CUGCUUAAAGCGGACUCUGCUGUCUCCCCGUGCCGGGCUAACCCAUCUCGUGCUUCUUCCCCCCCUUUCCCCUCGCUCAGGCUGCAAGAUCAAGGCUCUGCGCGCCAAGACCAACACGUACAUCAAGACGCCGAUCCGCGGCGAGGAGCCGGUGUUCGUGGUGACGGGCCGCCGGGAGGACGUGGCCGCGGCCAAGCGGGAGAUCCUGUCGGCGGCCGAGCACUUCUCCCUGCUGCGGGCGUCGCGCGGCAAGGCCGGCCCGGGGCCGGGGCCGGGGAUGGGGGGAAUCCCGGGCUGCGCUCCCGCCCUGCCGGGUCAGACCACGGUGCAGGUGCGGGUGCCCUACCGGGUGGUGGGGCUGGUGGUGGGGCCCCGCGGGGCCACCAUCAAGCGCAUCCAGCAGCAGACGCACACCUACAUCGUGACGCCCAGCCGCGACAAGGAGCCGGUGUUCGAGGUGACGGGCAUGCCCGAGAACGUCGACCGGGCGCGCGAGGAGAUCGAGGCGCACAUCGCCCUGCGCACCGGCGGCGCCGCCGGCGGCGCCUUCGUGGAGCUGCCGGGCGCCGAGGGCGACGACUUCCGCUGCAACGGCACCGACGUCGGGUUCGAGGCCGCCCCCGGCGCCAUCCCGCCGCACCCUGCCCGUGCCAGGGUGGGCUCCGGGUACCGCCACGACAGCUCCAGCUCCCUGGGCAGCGGCUCCACCGACUCCUACUUCGGGAGCAGCCGCCUGGGCGACUUCAGCCCCACCAGCCCCUUCGGCGCCGGCGGGUUCUGGUUCGGCGAGGCGCUGCCCGCGGUGGAGGAUGCGGCGGGGAUCGACUCCCCCGCCUACGACGCCCUGCCCGCCCCAACGUCCCAGACCAUCUGGAGCCCCUUCGAGCCCGCCAGCCCCCUGCCCGCCGCCCGGGCCCCCACAACCCCCCCGACACCACCACCACCACCGCGCCUGUCGCCCACCUUCCCUCCGGGGGGGCUGCCCGUGCUCAUCCCCGCCUUCUCCAACGGUACCAACAGCUACUCCUCCUCCAACUCGGCCUCCAGCUCGCCCCCCGAGCCCCGGCAGCGGCCCCACCAGCACCACGACUGCUGCGUGCUCUGCCUGGACGGGGAGGUGGUGGCCGCGCUGGUGCCCUGCGGGCACAACCUGUUCUGCCUGGGCUGCGCCCGGCGGGUGUGCGAGCGCCCGGCGCCCGCCUGCCCCGUCUGCCAGGCCGCCGUCACCCAGGCCAUACAGAUACACUCCUAGGUGGGGCAUGGGGACAUCGUGGGAGCCACCUCCGGUCACCUCCCGGGGGGUUUUGGGCUUCCCGAGCUCCUGCUCUUGU